AUGGAAAUAUAUUUACAGUCGACGAGAAUUCAAAGACAAGUUGAUAUUCCAUCAGACCAUUAUUGGAACAUGAUGAUAGAUGAAUUGGUUGACUUAGACGAAGAGAGGUUGACAGCUCUUGACAUGCUAGUUAGGCAAAAACAAAGAGUGGCUAAAGCAUAUAACAAAAGGGUAAAGGCAAAAGUGUUUGCAGUAAAUGAUUACGUUUGGAAAGUAAUUUUGCCUACGGAUCAGAAAGACAAGUCAUUAGGCAAAUGGUCAUCAAAUUGGGAGGGACCAUUUAGAAUAUUACGAGUAUUCACAAAUAAUGCUUAUGAGAUCGAAGAAUUAGCUUCAGACCAUCGGAUUCUGAAAGUGAAUGGAAAGUAUUUGAAAAAAUAUAAACCUAUACUUCAGGAAAUUGACAUAGCAAGAACAUAA